AUGAUUAAACAACAGCAACCACAACAACUUAAGGCACAAAGCACCCAGGUCCCUCAGACCAUUACAUACGCCAUAUAUGCAUAUAAUUCAAAGACGGCAGAACAAACGCAAAGGUUGAAAUAUGGAGAUUUGGAGAUAGUAUUGAAAAAUGAACAUUUCGAAUUCGUUUGCAAAGGUGGUGCAGUGAUAUCAAAUAUAAAAGAAAUUUUAUUUAUGAAUUCAAAAAUUAAAGGAAUAACGGAUGAUAUAACAUCAAUUCCACCAGAAGAACAGAGAUAUUACGCAUUAAAUGCAUUUCCUAAAGUUUUGAAGAUUGGAAGAUUUAAUUUAAAUGAGGAAUUCAUAAAAGGUUUCCUAAAUGACAUAAUGGAGAAAGCAGAUAAGGAAUAUGUGGAUAGUGAGUUAAAGAAGAGGACAGAUAAGGAAUAUGUGGAUGAAAAAGAUAAUGAAAUUAAAGAAAUGGUUGAAUGGUAUCAUGAAUGGACAUCAAAGAUUUUAAAAACUAAAGCUGAUACAGGAUGGGUUUCAGGAUGUUUAGACCUUAAAGCGGAUAAAACAUAUGUUAACGAUGAGUUAGGGAAGAAGGCAGAUAAAACAUAUGUUAACGAUGAGUUAGGGAAGAAGGCAGAUAAAACAUAUGUUAACGAAAUAUACCAAAGUUUGAUAGGAACAAAAAAUAUUGAAACUAUUGUUGGUGACUUUUCUGUCAAUGAAGAAAAUAAAUAUUUUAGAUGGCAGUUUGUACACUCCUUAAAAAAUGGUAUACGGUGGAAACUCAUUCCGAAAAAUAACAAUGAAAUGUAUGUAAGUUAUAAAAAGAAUGAUGGCACACAAGUUAAAGUUCCAUUAGACAACAACUGCUACUUAAACUUAUAUGGAGACGAACAAAAGAAAUAUUUAAGAGUUUAUGAAAUGGCAGAUAUGACAUUGCCUGACCCAGCUCCAGCACCAUAUUAUUAUGACUAUGGAGAUGAUGUCAGAACACCACAUGUAGAUGAACAAAAGUUAACAUUAUAUUUAGAUUAUUAUAGAUAUAAAAGAUAUAAUGCAAUAGAAAAAACGAGAAUAGUAUAUUAUUAUACAGAUGACAGAAAUAAAUAUUAUAGUCAAGAUUUUACCUACCCUGAAAACAUAAGAUUAUAUUAUAAAAAAUAUUCUGACACAAACCAGAAGAAACCUGAAAUAGUUACACUAUAUUUUAAGUUCAAAAGAGACAAUCCUAUAAUAUCUCAUAUGUUUGAUUUAAUGAACCCAGUAGGUUCUAUUUAUACAUCUAUGGAUGCAAGAGGUCCUCAAGUAAUGUUUGGUGUUGGUGCAUGGGAACAAAUAGUUGACAGGUUUUUGUAUUGUGCAAACUCUUCAAAGGAAACAGGGGGAAGUAAAACGAUUUCAGGUGAAAAUCUACCUGCACAUAGUCACUACAUAGAUUUAAGCACAUCUCAAGCAGGUUGGAGUGACACUCAGGGAGAAGGAAACCAUACACAUUUCGUUUCAGGAUAUACACAAACAACGGGACAAAGUAAAGAAUACAUGCCACCAUUUAUGACUGUAUUCGCAUGGUAUAGAGUUCAAUGA